GACAUGUUUAAUAAAUGUAUUAUAUUUGCAAUUUUUUAGUAUAAAAUAUAAAAGAUAUUUUCCGCACGAUAUGACAAAUAAUAUUGCUGUAAAGUAUAAUAAGAUUUCGAUUUUGUUUCCGGCUGACACGUGCAAAUUCAUUCUUAAACGCCAACCGCUGAUAACCACAGUUUUGAAUUGACAAAUUCGAAAUUGCGAGUAUAAAACUACAAAUUCCUAUUACUAUUAUUAUUUUAUAUCCGCCUAAAAACAUACAUCUAAUUCCGAGAUGUCUCACGUUUAUUAUACAGAAUUAUGGCUUAUCACGAGAAGCGAUUUAGAAAAGUUGUUGGAGCUCGAACGAAAAUUGCAACAUGAUAAGCCACAAAAUGACAAAACAGUUUUAAAUUCUGCUUUAUCUGUGUAUUUAAAAUAUCGUAAUCUAGUAAAAAGACUCAUCAUGUGUUACGACCAAAUGGUGCAAACGCAAAAACGGGAGUUAAUCAAGAAAAUAUUAAACUGUGCUAUUGGACGGAUGCUAGAAUAUAAAAAGGAGAUUGUCAAGAUGGAUUAUAAGAAUUAUCAAUGGCCCGAUGAUAUCUUAAAUAGUAUGAAGUUCACGCCGGAUGAUAUCGAGAUAUUUGCAUCAGUUUCAGGCCGGGAACUUCUCGAGGAACGCAGGAAGUUUAUUCAGGAGUUAGUGGCGGAGAAAGAAGCACCAGUAAGAGAACGCAGUCUCUCGCAAAUACAAAUGGAAAUGGCCGAACUGGAGGAGGAAAUAUUGAAGACGCGUGGGUCGCGCAGAAGAAUGCGCGCCGUUCCCUCAAAGGUGGAAGUAAUCCGCGAAUCGCCCGAAGAAAAAGCCGCCCGAGAAGCAAAGCUCGCUGCCGAAAGAGCCAUGCACAGUGCGAUAUUGCUAAUACAGAGUCAUGAGAGGGCGAGGAUGGGACGUCGCAUCGGAGCAGAUGUGAAACGUACAUACGAUUACGAUAAGAAAGUAGAGAUUGGAGAGAUAGUACCAAUAAAAAUAGAUCGCUCCAAGUACAUUAAGUCAGUGGAAACUAUACAACGCGCGUGGCGACGCUACGUCGCGAGGAAAGCCACGAAAAAACGGAUUGCGCGUCUCGAAGAGAUUUUGGAUAUGACGAUACCAAGCUGGCAGUGUCGCAAAACGUUCACAAAGGACGAGGAGAAUUUUCAGCGACGACGUGCUCUAAUGUCCGCAUAUGAUGUACAUACCAAAAGGGCAAUCAGCGAUGAACGUACGAGGCUAAUGAGAAUUAGAGGCCCCGGACUGAUGGAGGAUAUUACUGACGAGAUUUUCGAGUGGUUCGUCAUCUGGUACGACAUGACAGGACAAUACGAUGUAUUUCCGGCGGCGAAUCUCGGCGGCAGCGUGUUGAUCGUGACCGGGCAAACUACAACGCCGCAAGAAUAUUUAAUGGAUACAUUGAAAAAGAAAAAAGAGAAAGACAAACCGAAGCGCGAAACGGACCUCGAACCAAAACCAUUAGUCAAAGUUGAACCCGUCAAUGGUUGGAGAAUGCCACAAACAAAAGCUCUGUCUUGUUUGGAAGAGGCAAACGAUGAUUUUAUCCGAAACUGGAGCCUUCGCGACGAAAGUGACAAUCCGGAUCAGGAAGAAUACUUAGAUUUGAUUACUGAGAAACUUUGUCAUGAGUUGCAGCUCGAGAUGAGAGAGAUUGUGGAUGAGCUGAUGAGAGCUGAGUUAGAAUUGUUAAAUAAAGCGUUGCUAAAAGAUGAAGGGCGUGAUAAGAAAACGAAAGACAAGAAACCAAGAAAGGAUAAAGCUAAAAGAAACGACAGAAUAUACAGAAGAAAAAAAGGUAUUUUGGAAGGCAUGACUAUCGAAGAUCUUUUCAACGAGUUGUUGCAAGCCAAGAUUAUUAGAAACUAUCCGAUCGUCUUUUUGCGCGAUUGGCUAGGCGAUCUUUCCUAUCAAAAUUAUGAAGCGCGUCGCGAACUACGGGAGUAUAAAGAACGGCUCGGAGAGAUUAAGCAGCUCGUUUUGGAAUAUUGCGUGUUGCCCUUAAUGUCCAAGGAGACGCAUCAAAUAGCACCGCUCAUACGUUCCGUGUGUAUCUAUGGAUUACCAGGAGCCGGAAAAACUUUCCUUGCCAAUGCUAUUUGCUCAGAGGUCGGCGCAUUACUCUUUGAUGUAUCGACAUCCGUCUUGAUUGAUAAAUACAUGAGCAAAGAAGAGCAACAAAGGCUCAUGGAUAUUAUCUCCAAAAUAGCCCGUCUUUACGCACCUUCCAUCAUUUUUCUCGAUGCUGGCGAAAAACCUUGGCUGAAGACAGUUCCGUUGGCAGAACGGCAUCUUCAUCCCAAGCGAUUCGCAAAAUAUUUUACCAAAUUAAUGAAAGGCAUCAAGCCAGGAGAUCAGAUAAUGUUUCUCUCAUUGUCUGAAGAACCGCUAAAGGCAGAUGCAGCCUUCCUUAAAGUGUACGACAAAUUUAUAAGAAUACCUACUAGUGACUACAAUACGCUAUAUAUGUACUACAAGAAUCUGCUAAUGAAAUAUCACGGCGUCGAUCGCGACAUCGACGUCUCCUGCUUGGCCAAAAUGUCUGUCGGAGUUCCUCUAGACUUUAUCCGGCAAGCCGUAGAAAAGGUGUUAUCGCUGAAUCGAAGAAUCACUCUCAAGUUCAAUCCGUUAAAACCGAUCGAGAUCAUGGACGAGAUAUUGACGUACCGAUAUCCUACGGAGAUGGUACAGGCGUUAGACAAAUUUGAAAAACAAACUCCACUUGCCAGAGCUGCUUUGCGAGCUCUGAAGAGGAAACGUCGCGAUUGAAAUCGAGCAAAAAAAUGAAAAUCUACGUAGCCACGGAAUCAAAAUUCGUUUGAUGCGUGUUUACACUGCUGAUAUAUACCUAUAUUGUGCGAUGUGCGUCAGUCUCGAGCAACCCCUGCACCUUCUCACACCUGACCUCGGUCUCAGAGCGCAGGAGGAAUCCAGUAGCACCCACGCCAGUCC